CUUAGUGUACUAUGUUACAUUUGCAGAUGUUUGAGCAUGCGGUGACCCCCCAGGGAGGAAGUAGCGUGUCCACCACGGCUUCUGCAGCCGGAGGAGGAUCCACUGCCAACUUUGAAGCUGUGGACAUUGUGGUGCUGGUGCUCUACUUUGUGCUGGUGCUGGCUGUGGGCUUCUGGUCCAUGUGGAGGACCAAGCGGAGCACGGUAGAUGGCUACUUCCUGGCAGGGAAGAGCAUGACAUGGUGGCCGGUGGGGGCCUCACUGUUCGCCAGUAACAUCGGCAGCGGACACUUGAUUGGCCUGGCCGGGUCAGGAGCCGCAGCAGGAAUCGGAGCGAUAGCGUAUGAGUGGAAUGGCUUGUUCAUGGUGCUGCUGCUGGGUUGGAUCUUCCUGCCCAUCUAUCUGGCGUCUGGGGUGACGACCAUGCCCGAGUAUCUGCAGAGACGCUUCGGUGGGAGAAGAACACAGUUGUUUAUUGCGGUCUUGUCUUUGUUCAUUUACAUCUUCACCAAGAUAUCGGUGGACAUGUAUGCUGGAGCUUUGUUCAUCCAGCUGGCUCUGCAGUGGAACAUCUACCUGGCUGUGGUGCUCCUCCUGUCAGUCACUGCUCUCUACACGGUAGCAGGUGGUCUGGCUACAGUCAUCUACACCGACGCUGCCCAGACCGUCAUCAUGCUGGCAGGAACACUGAUCCUCAUGGGCUUCAGUUUUGUAGAGGUGGGAGGUUGGAACGCCCUGAUGACAGAUUACCCCAACGCCAUCCCGUCGGUGCGCGUGCCCAACUCCACGUGUGGCAUCCCUCGAGAGGACGCGUUCCACAUAUUUCGAGACCCCGUGACCUCUGACCUCCCGUGGCCUGGCGUCAUCGUGGGGAUGUCCAUUCCUUCCAUGUGGUACUGGUGCUCGGACCAGGUGAUCGUGCAGCGUUCUCUGGCCGCCAAGACGCUGACUCAUGCAAAAGGUGGCUCUCUGCUGGCGGCUUACCUCAAGCUUCUGCCUUUCUUCGCCAUCAUGUUGCCCGGGAUGAUCAGCAGGAUACUUUACACAGAUGAUGUGGCGUGUGCAGAUCCUACGUUGUGUACGCAGAUCUGUGGUAACCCAGUAGGAUGUACGGACACCGCCUACGUCAGACUGGUCAUGGAGUUGCUCCCCGCAGGCCUGCGAGGUCUGAUGAUGGCGGUGAUGAUCGCCGCUCUCGUCUCCUCACUCACCUCCAUCUUUAACAGCGCCAGCACCAUCUUCACCAUGGACCUGUGGAAGACGUUCCGCUCCAGCGCGUCCGAGUGGGAGCUCAUGAUCGUGGGCAGAGUGUUUGUGCUGGUGCUGGUGGUGGCGUCCAUACUGUGGAUUCCUGUGGUCCAAGCCAGUCAGGGCGGGCAGCUCUUCAUCUACAUCCAGGCCAUCAGCACCAACCUGCAGCCGCCCGUCUCCAUCGUCUUCCUCAUGGGAUGCUUCUGGAAGAGGACUAACGAGAAGGGUGCAUUCUGGGGCCUGGUGGUGGGCCUGCUGGUGGGCUGCAUGCGCAUGCUGCUGGACUUCAUCUACCCGGCCCCCCUCUGCUUCGAGCGCGACAACAGGCCCGCCGUGAUCAAAGACGUCCAUUACCUGUACUUCUCCGUAGUUCUGUCCCUCAUCACGCUGGUGGUGGUGGUGGGAGUCAGUCUGGCCACAGAGGAGCCCACAGCAGAGCAGAUUAAUGGUCUGACUUGGUUCACACGAUUUGUCCACGUGGAGCGCAAAGAGCUCAACUCUGAGUUGGUCACGCCUCAGACGGCCGAGGUAGCAGGAAGACCAGACGAGAGCAGCGAGAGAAGAGAGUCAACAACGCCCAGUGGGAGACGUCCAUCCAGGCUGGUGUCUGCCCUCUACUGGCUGUGUGGCAUGGACACCACAACAAAGGAAGGACAGAAGAUGCCGGAGAUUCCUGCAGAACCUGAACGCAACAAACUGGAGGAAAAUCCGUGUCUGCAGCAUCUGGUGAACGCAAACCUGAUCAUCUGUCUCUCUGUGGCUGCUUUUGUCAUCGGCUACUGGGCCUGAGGACUUCUGGAAGGAAAGAGGAGCCUUUUGGACUUUAAGGUUGUGUAGCCUUUAUAACUCAUCUUCUAUGACAGCGCCUUCUUGCCGGGUUCUUGUUGGUAAAGCUGUUUUUUUAAAUCAUUUUUACUCAAAUUUGGCGUUUUUCUCUCUCUAAAUGUGUAAUACGGGUUUUAAAUUUGUAUAUUUUUAUUCAGAAUGUAUAUAAGGAUCCAUUUCAGUAAUGUAAUAAGUUAUUCAUUAUACAUUGAAAUAUUUAUCAAUAAUAAUAAUAAACAAUUAAGAUGGAUGUUUGUAGAAAAAACUAUUUUUAUAAUUAAAUAUUCAGAUG